AUGGGAAGGGGAAGAGAAGAAGGCCGAUUGCCGGAACAAUGCAAAGAUCCAUUUGUAGUCGACUGUUCCUUGCAACAAAAUCUUUGCCAUGACUGUUGCAAUAAGAGCUAUGUAGGUGGAACUUACUUAGUUCCACCCGGGAUAUUCCCGCUUGUUUGUUAUCCAGGUCGUCUACAACCCACUCCAUUUUCGGUAAUGUACUCUCCUCCACAUUUCGUCUACUCGCCCCCAGAAAUGAUUAACUCCGUUGUUGGGCUACAUCCGGAUAACGAAACACAUAGGCCAAUGGUCUACCACCAUGAGCCGUAUUCUGGAAGUGUGAUAGAAGUGUUUUAUCGGCUUCAAGUAUCUAUGCCGACAAUGCCUGUGAAGGGAGUAGUGUAAGU